GGUGCCAGGCAGCAGGCCUUUAAACUGCACACACCUGUGGCUCUUGUGUUAACAAGACGUUGCUCCGCAAUUUAUCUCGGCCACGCGCACUGCUGUGCGAAGGCUGGCGGCCCGCGAGACGCCACCGCCGCAGAUCGAGAUUGAGCUCGAGACACUGCACAGCCACAGAUGCGUCCGCCCGCGGCGCUCGCGCGGGCGCAGCGUGAAACCGAUGAUGCCAGGCAAAGGGUCGCGGUGCUCUCGCGCGCGCGGCCGCAAAACAAUGACGCCACGCCGAGCGUCGCCGCGGCCCUCCGACAAAAACUACAAGGCAUCCAGACCUCCUACGCCACGACCGCGGCGGACAUCGCGUCGAGGGCGCCGCGGCGCCCGGCCGAGAAUGUGAUAAGGAUCCUCGAACGCCACGAGCGCUCGCGGGACGUGCGCGGCGCCUUCCACAAGAUCAAGACCCGCAUGUUCCAGGAGCGCGCCGUCGAGAAGGAGGCCGCGAGGCGGGCGACGCGCGACGCGCAGCUCGCCCUCGAGCGCAAGCGCGUGCUCGCGCGGGCCCGGGAGCUCGAUUCCAUGAGCGACGGCCUUGAAGCGCUACGGGACCUCGCGCACCGGAAGCGAAGGGAGCGCUUUGCAGAAAUAGCGUGCGACACGCGGCGCGCUUUCAGUUUCUUCGCGGCGAUGCGGCCGCGCCUCGCGCGGAGAAAGCUCGAGCGCCGCGCUUCUGGCAUAGCCGCGCUCCUCCGCGUCCGGUCGUGCUUCCGGACACUCCGCGCCCAGGCGCGCCGCGGGAAGCUCGUGCGCGAGAUCUCGCGGAGCGCGAAUCGCCGGCAUGCCCGGCGCGCUCUGAGAGCGCUGCAGCUGCUGAAACUGCGCGGCGUCGAGCGGCGCGUCGCGCUUUUGCGAGCGAACCGCGUCGCGAAGGCGUCCGCGGCGCGGCGCUCCGUACGAGCCUUUGUGGAAGGAGCGGCCUUCAACCGGACCUCGCGGCAGGCCGCGCUGCUCGCCGACGCGGCGGCGCGACGGCGCGGCCUCACGUGCUUCGCUUUGCAUGCGACGGCGCGCGAGGCCGCCCGCUGCGCGCGGCACCGCGGCGGCGUCUUUUGCCGACGGAAAAGGCUGCGAGCUGCGUUCCGGCAUCUGGCGGCGCUUACGUCCGCGCGGGCGGCGCGGCGCGAUCGAAGGCGAAGCGCGGCGCUUGAAGCGGUGGGCGCCGCGCGUGGCCGCGGCCUCGCGGCGCUGAAGGCGCUCGUGGAGCGCGGGCGGACGCGGAGCGCCCGCGACGCUCUCUCUGACGCGGCCUUUGCAGUCAGCUGCAAGAGCCGCGGCCUCGCUUCACUAGUGGAGGCAGUCGCGCGCGCCGGCCGGCGGCGACGACUAGAAACGGCGGCCUGCGUCGGCGAGCGGGCCGUGGCGCUGCGUUCAAUCGCGCGCUGGCGCCGCCGCGUCGGCGCGAUCACGCACCUCAAACGGUUAAUGCGCAAGGCCGCGCUGUCGAAGAAACCGUCAAAGCCGAAGCUGCGCGCCGCGUUGGAUGCGUGGUGGGCGCUGCGGCGCGACAGAGCGGUCAGUAAGGCGCGCUUGGAGCUCGCGGAGGUCUGGCGGAAUCGGAGGAGAGGGCGCGCGGCGCUCGCCGCUUUAUUUGCGAUGCGGCGCGACCGUCUUCGACAGCGCCGGGCGCAGCGCGUCGUCGAGGAGUUUCAGAGACGAAACGACAAUUCCCAGAAACAGCGCGUCUUGAUUCAGCUCGCGCGGAAGUGUCAGGCACGGCGGCGGGACCGCGCGGCCUUUGCGGCCGCCCUCAAGCGCCGCCAGCGGCGGGCCUUCCCGCUGCUACAAGCGCGCGUCGCGGCGGCGAGCGCCCGCGAGGCGCGGCGCGUCGCGCGGCAGCGAUUACGAAGGGGCGUCGCGCUCCUGCGCGGCCGCGUGCGUGCUCAACAUCUACGCCGGGCGCGGACGCGCCUCGCGGCGCUCCACCGCCGUUCAAUAGUGGGCCGCCCUGCCUUAUUACGGUUGCAGGAGAGUAGCGCGCGGCGGCGGCAGAAUCGCGUUUUGAGAAGGGCGCAGCACUACGAGGCCCUCGACGUCGCGUCGGCGCGCGCGCUGCGGCGGUGGCGGUUGAUAGCGGCGAGCCGGAAAUCGACGCGCGAGCGGCACGCCCCGCUCGUCGACGCGGCUCUUGUGUCUCUUGCAUUGCGGCGAGCUAGACGUUUCCUGACGGAGUGGCGCUCGCACGUGGCGCACGCGCGCGCAACGCGGCGCGCCGAGCUACCGCGGCUCGUCGACAAGUUCCGCGCGUGGCGGCACCUGACGGAGCGCCGGCGUCAACCGCCGCCGCCGCCGCCGCUCCCGCGUCCGCCGGUGUUGCGCCGCCUCGCGGACGACGCGCCCGUCGCCGCGCCCGUGUCGUUGUCGCCGCCGGCCUGCGUGGAUUUGGUGCACCUGAAGCAUCUUGGGGCGGGGCCUCAUCCUUCUGGUGGUGCGUUUUAA